AUGCAAAGAAAAACCCAAAAAGGGGCCGUGACGGCCAAACCACCAUCGGCUGCUCUUACAAACGACUGGAAAGGGCUGGAAAAACAAGUCAUGAUUUGCUCAGGGUCCUUCAGUCAGGCCCACAAGAGGUACAAAGGGCACAACCAGCAAAGUGCCGCCACGUGCAUUGUUGCCUGUGUCUUUUCGGCCCUUAAACCCAUGAACACCUGGACUAGAGAAGUCCUGGAUGAGAUCUUGGAAGUUGGGACGGACCUCCAUUUGAAAAGUCGGCAAGUUUCCGAAAAUCGCUGCCUAGAUCAUAUGGAACCGCCCAAAAUCUACAAAUAUUUCUACUUGGGGAACAAUAAGGUUUCGACUAGGGUUGGCAUCAACGUGGUGGCCGAACGCGUCCCGAGGGACACAACCAUGCUCCAGAAAAUCGAAGCUAUGCUCUAUCGCUUCUUUCUGACGAACGCUUCAGGGAUUGUCGGGUGCCAACACACUUACUUCGCCAUUUGGAAACACGGGAGACACUUUUUCAUCUUUGAUUCGACCGAACACAACCAUCUGGGCGGCAAAUGGGACGGUUUGCCCGGUCUUGGGUACUGCUACUGCAUCCGGGUACCAACAACCAGACUUCUAGCCGACAUCAUCCUCAAAAACUCGCCCCUCAAACCAAUCAACAAGUUUAUCAUCUACCCGUGCAUUUUGGAAAAAGUGGUCAAGGUUAACACCACGCCGCCUGAGACUGUGGACGGUGGUACCCCAGCACCACCCGAAACGCCCAAACCCCGCCUUAAAACAACUCGGAUAACAAAAAUCGCGGAACCUAAAGUUGAGGAGAUAAAAGUUGAGGAACUUGGAGGCGAAGUUGAACCGAAAAAAUCCAUCUCUAAGUCACGGAUACCACCAGAACGGCCCAAACUGGAAAGUACGACCCAUUUCACCAAACUACCAGUUGGUACCACUGGCAUUUUACGCGCUUCGACCCACCAACGCGACCCACGAUUCACCCGAAAUAACGGUGCUCAAGCCAUGGCCAAUGCCAUGGCCGCCUUGACUAUGUUAAGACAGUACAAGUCCAAACAAUGGAUUCGGAAAAUUUUGGACGAUAUUUUGAAACUGGGGGAAGUGAUCCACCACGAGUCCAAAUCGUUGCCCAAAGGCCAAAUUGUUGAUAAAAUCACGCUGAACGACAAGGAAUACAGUCCCAAAAUUGAUAAGUACGGUUGUGUGGGGCGUUUGACCUCCGAUGACGACAAAAUCUUCAACUUGGAACAGGCCGUCACCAACGUCUUGAUCGAUACAGAUUGUUGCAUUUUAAUCGGUCCUAAUAUUGUGGCUCUUUGGCGCGAAAACGGCCGCUACUACAUGUUUGAUCCAGAUGAGAGAACUCCCAUUGGUAGUACCAUCAAGCCUGGGGAUCCCCCAGGAGUAGCGUGUGUCACUUGGUUCAACAAACCCUCCGAUUUGGUGGCCUUAUACUUGAGCAACGUCCCCAAAAACACCCUCAAGGAUCGGUUCCUGAUCUGCAAGGUCAAAAUCAAGGAUUACGUCCAAGUGCCUGAAGAUUGGUACAACUUCAAGGCUUUGAAGUACAACAAGUGGAUCCUCCGGGGGAAUUUCAGCCAACAAGACCGGAGAUUCCCUCCGGAGUCACGUAACGCCCAAUGUACCGCUAACGCAACCAUGGCCUUGACGUACAAAGAACUCAAGGAAGAGAAAGAGUGGGAUGAUCGUACCGUGGAUCAAGUCCUGCUAAGUGGUGACGAGUUCUAUCACGGUUCCGUGGCACAUUUGCAAGAAACUGGUCGUUUUAAGCACAAGUAUUUGAUGGUUGACGAAGUCAAGCGCGAUUUUGAUGUCGAAAACAAGAAAGUCAACUUGGAGAUUGACGAUUGUCUCGUCAAUGGCAUUAUUAACGCUAAGAGUGAUACAGGGAUUCCGAAUUUAAAGCGUGGCUUUGAACAGUUUUUCACUGACAGUGAUGGAGGGAUCGUUACGGCCAACCUCCAGUCAAUGGCAGUGUGGAAACGUGAUGGUACUUACUACUACUACGACUCACACUCGAGGGACGACAAGGGCGUGGUUUGUGGGUUUGGUACCGCGUGUAUCCUGCGACUGUUGACGAUUGAAGACUUGGCUAACGCCCUUAUGACCAAUUUGGGGGCCGAUAGGCAAAACUUCUACAAUAUAAGUCGAGUGGUGGUCAAGUUGAUGGACAUGACUGAGGAUGGUGUCGUCAAACCGCCACUAAACUACUACGAACUUGUCAACGAGUUUGUGGCGAUUUUGAGGUCAAAUAUUAACGAAAGGGACAAGAAAUUUACCAUCAAUUCGGGCAAACAAACCGUUCCUAUGUGUCUUGCUGCCUUAGCCUUCAAUACCUUGACACCAUCCUUUGACUGGACGAAGGAAGAUGUUGACCAGAUUUUGACGUUUGGUGACAAACUCUACACCUCAACUAUGGAAGAAAUGUACAGUGGGGAGACUCUUGAAGGUGAAGGUGACGAAGUAACGUCUGACAAUGUCAAGAAGGAGGUACAAAUCGGGUCAAAUCUUCUCGCUUUUGAACUGGAGGACGUAUCUUCGGGCAAUUUUGAAGACAACUUAAAGGAAGCCCUCGAAAGUUUGAGUUUGCGCGUUGGUGAAGAAGGAAACGAGGUGUUCCAGUCAAUUUUAGAAUCGCCAAUGAUGACGGUUUCGCUUUGGCGUGACGAAAACCUAAUCUACUUGUUUGACUCCAAACCACGUGACGAACGAGGUCAAAUCUAUGGUAAAGAUGAAUGGAGUGCCAAAGUUGUAGUUGCUGGUGAAGGUCAGGAUGAAGAAGAAGGUGAAGAAGGUGAGGCUGAAGAUGAGGCGAAAGACACAUGGGGUGACGAAGGCGGGAAAGACGAAAUGGGCGGUGGUGACAACUUGGGGGAGCCCGAAGAUGACGAAAACUUGGAUGAAGACGAAGAGGACGAAGCUGAAGGUGAUGACGUUCCACCACUUGAGAAAAAGGGUUCCGACUUUUGGCGGACGAAGGAACAAGAAGGCAAAGCGUGUGUUUUGAGGUUUAGCCGAAUUGACGAUUUGGUGCAACACUUGCUUGAUAAUUCCCCUCCAAACAAGCGAUCCGAACUUGAAUUUACCCUCAAAAGUGUCAAAGUUGUAAAUACGCCAAUCGUUCACGAGAUCUUCGAUCCGGAGGUUGAGGACAAGACUGACGAAAUCGCCGGUGAUUGGAACGAGUUUAAGGAGUUUGAUCGUGGCAAAUGGAUUUUGAGGAGUGUUCGUAAUUUGAGGGAUGGGCUCUUCCCGGUGUGCAAUCGCGGGAAACAAUCCCUCCCCAUGUGUCUCGUCUCGCUGGCUUUUGCCAGUCUUUUCGCCUUGGAGAAGUUUACACAAGAGGUUGUUGAUAAUAUUUUGAGUUAUGGGGACCGCUUGUACACAGUUGUGAGGAAAUUGAGGGCCAAGGAACUGAAAGAGAGUCUUGAGUUGAGUGACGAUGAGAUUGAACAAAUCCUCAAAGACUCGAAGUUUGAACUACGUGAUUAUCCCAAGAGGAUUUGCAUGGGGGAGAAGUUGGCCAUAUGGGAGGGGAGUUUUGAGGUGAUCGUCGGUGAUAUCACCUCAAAGGAACCCGAAAGCGUCCCGAAUGUGACAAGUGGGCUUGAAACCUUCUUCGGGGAACACCAGUUCGGGAUUUUGGCAUGUAAGGACCAUCCUGUUGGCGUCUGGAAGACUGAUGAUGUCUUCUACAUGUUUGACCCUCACGCUAAUGGACCUUCAGGCGUUAAGACACCAGUUGGUGUCUCGUGUAUCACUCGUUUCGUCAACUUGGAAGACUUGACUAGGACUUACACGCAAAAUUUGCCAAAAUACGGCAACAACUUCUUCGAAAUUCACUCCUUCACCUUCACUCACGAUAAGUGCGUACGGGAACGCCACCCGGAAGAAAAGGAAGAAAAGGUGCCAAAAAUCGGCGGUUUUAACCCGGUCAUGGCCGGCAAAAGCAUCCUUCGGGGUGAUGUUAAGCUCGAUUGUACAAAGUUUGACCGUGGGGUUCAUAUACACAGUGCUGCCAUUGCAUACGUUGCCUUGGCACUCUCCCUAAGCAAGGAUCCCGAGACCUGGACCAAAAUCAUCAUCAGGGAAAUACUAACAGUAGGUGAGGAACUCCACAAUGACUCUGUUGACCGGUUGGAAGGGAAAUUUGAUCCUUGGAAGGAUAGACUUGGCGUCCGACAAGUCAAAACCGACUUUUCAAUCGGACGCUUAAAAGUCAAUUGUGCCCUACGUUUCACCGAACAGAAGGGCAUCGUUGAUAUCAAAAAUGCCAAAACACCGAAUCUUCGCCAGGGUAUGGAACGCUUCUUUGAGGAAAACUCACAUGGGAUUUUAGUGGUGGAUAAGUUCAUUCUGCCGGUUUGGGAGCAAAUGAAAGGUGACGAAGUUAGCAUAUUUAUGUUUGAUCCAAACUCACGUGGAGCCACUGGAUUGCCCAGUCAAGGCGGAAAUGCCUGUAUUAUGAAAUUUUGCAACUCGAAAGUGGCCUCGGACCACAUUAAAGCCUGCAUGAUGGACAUUGACAAGGCUAGAGCCGAGUUUGUGAUCAUUCCCAUCGAAAUCGUAGUUGGCAGUGCGAGGACUAAGAGAAAAGCGGUAUGUCCUCCACAAAAGAAGACAAUCAAGACACCUGUAGUUCAUCCAAAGACAAUUAAAACACCAGUCGUCCGUUCCACCCAGAAAACCUUGCAAGAAUCCCAGAAACAAUUAUUACCAACUAAAGUAAAGCCGGUUUGUCCCGACAAGGAGACCCUCCAACAAGUCCAGAGAGAGUUGCGACGUGCUGCCGAAGAAGAGCGAAGAAAAGCCGAAGCCAAGCGUUGUUACGCCCUUGGACGUUCCGAAAUGUACCAAAUCAACGACGAUACGGCUAUAAUCCGUGCUACAAGGCCCGUACAAGCCGAGCGUGACUUACCAGUCAACGUGGCUGCGUUAGUCUUGAUGAGGAUCGCGUCCGAUUUGAGCAAAUGGACUUACAAGCAGAUGGAAGUUGUGAUAGAGACCGGGUAUCAGCUCUAUGUCGACUCCUACAAUGCCUACAAGCCGACUACAAGCAAGCUUCUGCUACAACAUGUCCUCAGACGCGUUUUGUUGCGAGAGUUGGAGGUCAAGAUUGAUAUUAGGCGUCCGGUGGAUUGUGGGCCAUUUACAAAAAAGAAUGUUAUGGCUCAAGUGUCACACUUUUUCACUUCGACGAAUUUCUUCUUCCUCAACUAUGAGGAGUUUUUAAUUUCGUUGUAUUUCAAGUCAGGUUACUACUUUAUGUUUGAUCCCUAUUCCAGGGAUUUGAACGGGAAUAAGUGUGAGAAGGGGAGCGCGGUUUUGAUGCGGUUUGGGAGCUUGGAGGGUUUGGUUGAGAAGAUUUUGAGGAAUUUGGGGCCAGAGGAGGGACCUGUGGGGCAUUUCGCUCUGAUUGUUGCUGGAAUUUUAAGUGUGGAACGUUUGACUAAGUAGUUUUGUACUUAAAUAAAGACUAAGCUAA